UAUCUUUUAAAAAGCAUAUUAUUAAUUCACAAUUAAUUUUCGAGGAUAUACUAAUAAUUCAAAACAAACAACAAUAAAUAAAUAAGCAUAUAAUUUUCAUUUUUAAUUGAAGACAAAUAUUUUUAAAAAGGGAGUAAGUAAAUAAACAUGGACAAAAGAGAGAGGAGUUCCAUUAGAAGUUAAAGUGCUCAAUAAUAGAGAUAGUAAUCAUCUAAUUAAGAUAUUAAUAUUGAGGAGAAUAUAAUUUAAAAUUAAAAUGACAAAGCAAAUUUAUCAAUGUAUUCAUAGCUAGCUAUUGAUGAAAGAAGUAAUAGUUUAUUUCCCUCAAGGUAGCAAUUGCCAUGGUAUUGGAGAUAUGCUCAUAAAAUUGACAUAUUUUCAUUUGAACCAGUACCAAUAACUUCUGAAAUAUCAACUCGUCGCUCAUAAUUUGCUUCGAUCGCUUGCAUAACUAUUAUGUUGGCUUUUGUUGGAUUCACUAUGUAUUAGUUUUUCUUCAACAACACUCCUCGUUUAAACACAUAUUCAACUCCAAUUAAUUAUAAUUAAAAAUUUUAAGUGUAAGAAUUUGCUUUUGGGUUUUAUGAAAUGGACACUAGCUCAAAUUUAAUUGAAGAUCCAUCUAUCUUUACUUAUUAUUUAGAGUAAUAUGUUUAUUCAAACCUUCCUUCAGAUAAAGGACACGAAGAACUCUCUAAAUAGGUAGAUUUUAUCUACUGCACACCAAGUUGGGCUCCUAUCAAAAUUACUAUGCUCUGUCCUAAGGAAUAAAUGUACAUGCAAGGUAUGAUUGGUAAGGGUGACUAUCUUAUGUAUCCACGUUUGAAGCUUCUAGCUUGUAGCGAAGUAAAUACUCCAGGCGUAAAAUGUGAUUAAUAAAAAGCUAUAUCUGAGUUUCCUAAAGGCAGAUUGUUUAUCUUUGUCAAAUAAGAUAAAUAAAUUAACUUUGCAGCAGAUCAAACGCUUGAUGAAACAGGUAGCUUUUACUAUUUUUUUAUAGUACCCAAGUACUAUAUCAGAGCAGAAACUAUUAUUGGUAGCAGUGUUAUUACAAAACAGCCCAACUAUGGUACAAGUUUUACAGAAAAGAAUUAUAAUUAUAAAGCUGUCAUAAAUAGCAAUCUUUACAUCAGUGAUGUCUCUUACUACUUUGAAAGUAACAGUGCUAAUAAAUAGAGUGAAAAUUAAAAAUAAAACAAGCAUCAAAAGCUAGAAAUGUAGAAUAAUCAAUCUUAAAUAUAGUAUAUUUUAUCAUAAGCCAACAAAUAAAAAAUAAAUGUUUAGUUUGAAACCUUUCAAUAAAAUAAUUUGCAAAACGAUAAAGUUGAUCCUGUUAAUACUAGACCAUACUUUGCUUGGUGGAUGAGUAUAUCUUCAGCAGAAAUACACACUUAAGUUAACUAUUAAACCUCUGCUCAAAUGAUAUCCCUUUGGGGUGGUCUAUGGGGAGUAAUAUUUGCUGCAUUCACAUUUAUUUACAUGACAUACAAUGCAAAGUAAUUUUACUCUACUCAUAAAGCAUGGGAUAAAUUCGAUAAUGUUAUUAGUGUAAAUGAUAUUAAUAAACCAUCUAUUUUACCAGAAGAUGCUGAAAAUUUCUCAUCAAAUAUAAUUUAAAGUCAACCUAUUCAAGAAAGCAAUUAAUUGGAUAAUGACGAAUAAAUAAAUAAUGAUAACAAAAGCUCAAUAAAUUGA